CUAACUUUUCUGAGCAAGUAGUUGAAAGCUUUCCAUCUGAUAUCUCUACUGGUAUAUACUAUGGAUGGGCCUGCGUUGGAAAUGGAGAUGUGCAUAAAAUGGUGUUGAGCAUAGGAUGGAAUCCUUUCUAUAAGAAUACUAAGAAAUCAGUGGAAACGCACAUUAUCCACACCUUCAAAGAAGACUUUUAUGGAGAAAUUCUUAGUAUAGUCAUAAUUGGAUAUAUUCGACCCGAAAAAAACUUUGAUUCCUUAGAGGCGCUCAUUUCAGCAAUUCAGGAAGACAUUGACGAAGCAAAAAGACAGCUAGAUUUACCAGAACAUCUUAAACUCAAAGAAGACAACUUCUUUCAUCUACCAGAAGGCAAAAUAGUGAACAACCACUGA